GAAACGCGCCCGGAGGCGAGGGGCGGGCGCUUGUGCCCGGCUGAAAGAUGGCCGCCGCCGCUCGGCAGCCGCCGCCCCGGUUGUUACUCUAGGGCCUGCAGUUUCCCUCCGUUCCCGCGGGCAGCCGCCGCCUCCUUACCAUGAAGCCAGUGAGUCGCCGCACCCUGGACUGGAUUUAUUCAGUGUUGCUCCUCGCGAUCGUAUUGCUCUCCUGGGGCUAUGUCAUCUAUGCAUCAACAGUAGCCGCACGACGACAGCUCAGCAAGGAAUACCCAGACAAAAUCUCGGGGAUGAAUGAAAAUUUGUAAUUCCUCUGGAUUUAAUUUUGUGCACACAGUUCUUUACCUGAUGUUUGUCUGGCAUGUGUCUCGAUUUAAAGUAAAAUUCAUUAUGCAAAGCUUCCAAAUUUA